AUGGGUGUUCCUUACAUAGCUAUGGUAAUGUCACUAUCACGAUUUGAAGAGAUUCGAAAAAACCUGUACUUCUGUGACAAUGAAUCUCAACCGUCUCCAACAUCACCAACGUUUGAUAGGGCGUUCAAAAUUAGAUUAGUAAUGAAUCAUUUCAAUUCAUGUUUCCAGUCAUCAAUGAAGAACACAAUGACACAAGCGAUUGAUGAACAUAUGAUAAAGUUCAAAGGCCACAAUAUUAUGAAACAGUACAUGCAAAAUAAACCAAUCAAAAGAGGAUUCAAAAUAUGGUGCCGUGCGAAUUCAAGUACUGGAUACCUUUUUCAAAUCGAUUUGUGCACCGGAAAAAAGAAGUCCGGGCCAGAAGUAGGACUGGGAGAAUCCUUGGUCCUUGAACUUAUUCAAGAUUUGGUGGGUCUUGGAUGUGAGAUUUAUUUCGAUAAUUUUUUCAACUCACCUAUGCUGCAGCAUAAACUUGCAAAGAAAAAUAAAAAGGCAUGUGGCACAAUGAGGAUACAGCGAAAGAAUACGCCUAAGAAUCUAUCACAAGAUAAAAGUAUGAAGAGAGGCGAUAUCUACGUUACUUGCAUUGAUGGAAUAUAUUUUAUCAAGUUAAUGGACAACAAAGCCGUCAUCUCCUUACCAAUUUUUGUCACCGGUACGUACUCAUAA